CAGAUCAUUGCCAAAUCGUCAGUCAGUCGAAUUAUAUCGAAUUAUUAUCAAAAAAAUAAAAUUAUUCUUACUCACUCAAAUAUUCAGUUGGACUUCUCAUGGAGGUUGUUUCAAAGAAAUGUUUUCUUUUGCUAGUUAUGUUGUACAUAACAGCAGACGCAAUAGAAGUGGAGAUAGAUGACUGUACGCUACAAUUACCGAGAUUAUCAUUCUUUGCUCCACUUGUUUUCACUCCGAACGGAACGCUCAAACCGACUGAAAGCAAUGGGGAUAAUAAUUUUGUUAAAAUUGAAAAUGCCGAAAAGAUUGUCCUCUCUUGUGCACCGAACUAUUUUAAAUCCAUUGAAUCGAAAUUCGUAGAGGCUACAUGCAGAGGAAACAAUUUAUUGGCUGUAAAUGAUGUGAACAAAAAUUUCCUCAAGGAUUUGUCCUGCGAAAUGCGUUCUAUUGAAGAAAUCCUCACACCAGUAACUGGAUGCGACUCAAAGUACACAUCUGUGGAAUUUGGAUAUACGAAUCCAGUCACAGAACAGUCACACGUUCUAGGUGAAGCGUGUUACGACGAAGAGUUAGGAAGAACCAUUUUCGUGCAUAUUAAAUCAAAGUCAGAUUUUAUCAGCGCUGAAAUAAUGGACGCAUCUCUGAAAAUUGGUGAUGCCAAUUACUUCAAAAAUAAGCAUCCGUUGUCUCGAUACAAAUUGGACUUUUUGAUGGCAUCGAGAAUCGACGGUUUAAAUAGUCGAAUGACCGAGAGUCUAGGAGCUGAAAACGUCCCGGAAUCGUUGAGCCAAAACCACUUUGUCGGAAUGAAUGUGCUGUUGAAUCGUCAAUUCUACAAUACGUUGAAACUUGGCUGGAACUACGUUAUGUUUAAUGGCAUUGAUCCGGUCACUAAUUUAGAGCUACUCGAAAGUGAUAUCCUUCAGAUAAAAUCUGAGAAAAGCAUCGACCUAUAUAUUGGUACCAACGGUGUGCUGAAAGUGUUGGGUAAGAACGGUGACACCGAAUUAUAUUUGAAUAAGAAUCGUUUCCCUGUUCCGAAAUACGUUUGGAUCGGUGUGAAAAGCGACCGUAAUUUUGUUGGAUUUGCUGUGGUCAAUUCUCCAACAGUUGAAGCUGAUUUAUUCUUUAACAGUAAAUGUGAUCAAAUUACGUGGCUGAAGCAAGUUGUUGAAAGGAACUUGGCCGAUAAUCGUAAAAUAGUUUGCUGUGAAUAUCAAAAUUUUAAAAAUAACAUUCCUGAAAUGCCAGAAUUGACUGGAAAGUUUGAGUUAUUCGUUUAAAGAAAAAAAAAGUUUAUUUCAAAACUUUUGGAGUGUUCUGCAAUUUUAUUAAAUAAAAAAGAAGAAACGAAAAAUAAGUCAAAAGUU